GCGAGGACCCAAGGGGGAACCUGUCGGUUGGGGUCCUGCUUUUACAUAACGCCCCCACAAUGCUCUUCGCCACCCUCGCCCUGGUCCCUCCAGCACCAAGCUCCUUUCCUGGAGCUGGGAGGCCACCCUCUGCGUUCAGAAAGACUCUGAGGACACAGAGGGGGAGACCUGUGGAAUGCCGAGGAGCUGUGAGAUGAAGUAACAUCACGGCACCCCUCACCACUACUCUGAGCAGGGUUUGAAGAACAGUUAGGGUCCGCAGCAGGACGCUCCAUCAAGCUCUGAGGAAAUGGAGAAGUACAAAGGGACGAGCGGCAGAAUGGCUGGCCCCACCUCAGCGGACAUAAAGAUGAGUAGCUCUGAGGAGGUGUCCUGGAUUUCCUGGUUCUGUGGGCUCCGUGGUAAUGAAUUCUUCUGUGAGGUGGAUGAAGACUACAUCCAGGACAAAUUUAAUCUUACUGGACUCAAUGAGCAGGUGCCUCACUAUCGACAAGCCCUAGACAUGAUCUUGGACCUGGAACCUGAUGAAGAGCUGGAAGACAACCCCAACCAGAGUGACUUGAUUGAGCAGGCGGCCGAGAUGCUCUAUGGGUUGAUCCACGCCCGCUACAUCCUCACCAACCGGGGCAUUGCACAAAUGUUGGAAAAGUACCAGCAAGGAGACUUUGGCUACUGUCCUCGAGUAUACUGUGAGAACCAGCCGAUGCUUCCCAUCGGCCUUUCGGACAUCCCAGGAGAGGCCAUGGUGAAGCUCUACUGCCCCAAGUGCAUGGACGUGUACACACCCAAGUCCUCUAGGCACCACCACACGGAUGGCGCAUACUUCGGCACUGGUUUCCCUCACAUGCUCUUCAUGGUGCAUCCCGAGUACCGGCCCAAGCGGCCGGCCAACCAGUUUGUGCCCAGGCUCUACGGUUUCAAGAUCCAUCCAAUGGCCUACCAGCUGCAGCUCCAAGCCGCCAGCAACUUCAAGAGCCCAGUCAAGACGAUUCGCUGAGUGCCCUCCCACCUCCUCUGCCUGUGACACCACCGUCCCUCCGCUGCCACCCUUUCAGGAAGUCUAUGGUUUUUAGUUUAAAUUAAAGGAAUUGUUACUGUGGUGGGGAUAUGAAAUAAAGGAAGAAAAGGCUA